ACCAAAGCUUGUUCCGCCAUCCUUUUACGCGUGGGUGACGUCACUAGACAGUCCCUGGUAACGAUAUUAUGAGGCGUGAACGUACGCUGCAUGAUAAAGUCUUUGUCCGUGAAAGUCGACGAAAUCAACGGAUUUCUGAGUUUUUUUUUCUUUGCACGUACUCGAUAUUUGAGAACUGUAUACAUGUACAUAAGUCAUCACAUGGUAGUGCCCUCCAAAUACCGCCAGUUCGUUCACAAAAUUAUGAGCAACCAGCCAUACAAGUUUACAAGCCUUCACAAGCAAAAGUCUUCUUCAAAACUUUGAGCCGCAAGCAGUCAGGCCAAUUUCAUAACGCUGUUUAUCGGAGAAAACAACCAAGCAAUGUCACGAUACCACAGAACUUGUUCUUCAUGUCUCGGCAAUCACUUUUACAUGCCCUCUUUGAUGUUCUGAGCUCAAUCAAUCAACCAGUAAGAUGGAUUCACAAGGAAACAGAUGGGCUAUGAACAAUGCUCUUCAUCACUUCACUGCCCCUGGUUCUGAUGUUCGGACGCCAGGACUAUCAGGGAACGCCUUUGGGAUGCAAGAGUACCCAGGUGACAGUGCGCCUCAAAGACUUUUACCGACAACGUCAUGUCAAAGUGGUCAGCUGGGAUGUGAGGACAAUACUAACAACUUUCAAAAGCAUCCGACUGGUUCUUUAUCUUCAAAUUACUCAGACCAUAACAUGAGCACUCAGCCAUCUGAUUUCAGUUGGGACACUGAAAUAGCAAGACCAAAUUUGCUCAACUUUGAAGGCAUGGAUUCCGACAGAAUAGAAAAAAACUUGCCUGCAUACCCGGAAAGCCGUCAGGUAGAGCCGGAAGCUUUUGAGGAGGACAUGUCAUGGACAAGUGAUAUUUUAUCUGCAGAUUCUCAAAUGAACCUAGAUGACCAGUCCUUUGAAACCAACAAUGAAGGGACAGUCGAACAAAGUGAAGCUAGCCUUGUCGACGAACUCCUGUUUUCUAACCCUAUCACUAAGGACAUCACUGAGCCGCGUGCCACUCAGAAAUCCAGUGCUAUUUUUCAGCAGAUUUCUCCGCUUCGACAAUUUUCUUCAGCACUUGGUGAUGAGUCCAUUGACAUGUUUAAAGCAGCAUGGGAAGACGCAGAUGAAACUGAUUCACAACUUGCAAUAAAUUGUCAGGAUUCCUUUGCCAAGAGUUGCAAUUCCUUUGAGAGGGACUUGCUUGCCCUCAGCAUAGUGCAGAAACAGGUGCCAGGAUCUCCCUUACACUCCGACCAUUCUCAUUCUUGGAGCUCUACUGCUCCAAGCCAAGAACAGAACAUAAAGACAGAUAUGCCAGAAGACCUCAACAUGCAAGACCCUGAAAAAAUCUGCAUGGAUGAUUUGUCUGAACCUCUUAAACCAAGUGGAAUUGAUCCUAGUAAUAUUCAUUUAUUAGACAAAACGGCAGAUCUCUCUAUUAUAAAAGCCAACAGCCCAUGUCAGCAUCAUACAGGAAAAGAAAAAGACCCCAUCUCCGAUGCAAUCCUGAACCCUUCCAACAGAAUCACAGAUAUGCAAAAUGUUACUGAGCAACGUUCAGAAGAAGUAAUCAAUACACAUGGUAUGCUUGAUGUAGUUGAGAGUCAAGUUGAGAAGGACCAAUUUUCAGUAGAAUCUACUAGAACUGAUCAAGAGCAAUCGGAAAUUAUCAGCAGCAUAAGAAAUGAUAAACAAUCUCAAUCCAAUCAAGACAAGGAGAAUGUGCAAGAUGUAGAUGAGAAGUGUAAGGAUCGCAGUAUAGAGAAACAAAAUGCUUGUCUUGCACCGCAACCUUCGGUCGUCACACAACCUACAGAAAGUGAUACAGACAUUUUGAGCAAGUCCCCAAGUUCUCCCUUGUCGGAAGGGUCUAUCAUGUUUCUUUCUGACAUUGACGAUCAGAAUUUCACAGACGAUGAGCAGGAUGUACAAACUAAGGAGAAUGCCAAAGACACAAAUGAUGAUAUCCAUAGUAUCCUCUUUAAAGCAACAGAGCCUGACCCUACCACAUGUAUCGCUGAUGAGCCAUCACGUGAAGAAUCUGAGGAUGACAGAGAAUGUGAGGCAAGAAUGUCUGUAGAAUCACAGGGUGACGACAAAUCCUCUGAUGGAGUAGAUGAUGCAAGGAGGCAAGCCGGAAAGGACAAGUCAUCAAUGCAAUGCAGAGAAAACAAGGACACAAUUCUAUCUGAUACAGGUGAAGACAUUAAGGUUGACUCUGGGAACAUUUUAAAUGUCAAUAUAGAAACUGAAAACGAUGCAGAGGAAGCAGUCAAGAAAAACCAGGUAGAGGAUAUUGUUAACCAAAGUAUUGAGAAGGUUCCUGAGAUCAUCAAAACAGCAGGUCAAGAAAGUUUGGAAAGCGGUACCCAAGAGGUUUAUGAUCUCAUCAGUGACGAUGAAAAAGACAGCUUGGCAAGUGAUGAGGACACAACCGAUGGACAGGGUGGAGAUGGAAUGAUCGAGAACAAACAUGAAGAGGAUAUUGUUGACCAAAGCAUUCAGAAAGUUCCUGAGAUCAAAACAGCAGGUCAAGGAAGUUUGGAAAGCAGUACUGAAGAGGUUUGUGACCUCAUAAGUGACAAUGAAAAAGACAGUGAUGAUAACACACUCAAUGGACAGGACACUUCCAAGCAAUGCGAAAGUGGGAAUAUUGAUGACCAAUCUCUCAGAGAAGGUAGCCCUCUAAGUCAAGAAGGAGAUGCUGAUUGUAUGAUGCAUGAAAGAGACAACAAUGGCAAGCAUGACAGGAAAGAGGACAAAGACAGUGAAGCCAAAGAUCAAGAAAAUGAUAGCACCACCCCGGAACUGGAGAGAACUAUUGAUGAGCACUCUGAGAGUGAGCAUAAAGAUCAAGAAGAUAUUGCCAAACCUCAAGAGGGGGAUAGUCUUGUCCAACAUAAAUCUGGCGAGUCCCAUGGAGAUGGUCGUCUUGCCAAGGAAGUAGCUCCUAGCUCUGACUGUUCAAACAUCAACCAAUAUGUUGAUAAGUCACAAGAACCCAUUUGCCUUUCAGAUUCAGACGAGGAACAGAUAUUGGGUUUAGUUCCCCUGUCAGGAGAUUCUGUUUCAGGAGUUUGUAAGGGAAAACAGAUAGCUCAAAGCCAUGUGGAGGCAACAGAAUCAGACUCCAUUCUUAAGGAGAACCAAGAAGAUGGACAGGAAGUAAGUGAUGACGAUGAUGUUCUUGUUGUUGAAAAUGAUGCUCAAGAAGUGAUAAGUGUUGAUGACAGCUCAGAUGAAGAUGAUGCAAGUACACACCAAACCACUGAAGCAAAGAACAGUAAAGCUGCCAAUGAUGGUAAAAAAGUAAAAGCAAAAAAUGACUGGUCGUGCCAAAUUUGUGGAAGCACCAACAAGUCACUAAACUCACUAAAGUUACAUGUACGACGUAGCCACAACCUAAUUAUGGUCCACAGAAAGGAAGAGAUGAAAUGCAAAAUGUGUUCCUUUGCUGGGACGUGGCAGAAGAUUAAAGAGCAUAUAAUUAAGGACCACCAGACUCCUCUUAAGUGGUAUGUGAAGAAUCAAGAGACGACAGAGAUAACCAAGUUACCAGCAUCGGGCCCUGAACUCCCUGAAGAUUCCUUGUUGGCGCAACCAGUGUUAGUGGAUCUAAAGGCCAGUGAUCAGUCCAAGACAGCAGACACUUCACCAUCUGGCUCAAACAGGCAAAUCUACCUCAUCAAAAAAGUCACUUCAAUUGAAGAACCUAAGAAAGUCACUUCAAUUGAAGAACCGAAAGAGAUAAGUAAGACAUCAGGACCAGGAAGACCUCUCGGCGUCAAGACCAAACCCCAGCAAAGUAGAUUUCAAACCAUGGAUCAGUUGAAUAGUUUGAUUGCAACUUCAGUGUUAAGUAAGAGAACUCAAGGUCAACAGAUAGCACCUAAAAAACCUUGUAUGGUGAAUUCUUCCUCCCAACCAAGUGGAGAUCCAACUUUAAAGGCGCUGGAAAGCUCUCCUGGAACUUCAGUUUUAACUAGAGCAUCACAUCGACCAGCAGCGUCAUCGUUCCUAGCUCCGGGCACAUUCAUUCAUGAUUCAGGCCCAUCGGUAAGGACAAUGACGGUAUUAACUGCAAGACCAGAUACUGACUUGCACGAUAACAGACGAGCGGUUGUAAACAGAGAACUCAGUGCUAAAGUGAGAGAAGUCUUCCAACAACAGACUGUUGGUGGGCCGCCUCUGGUGACCAAAAUCUCUGGCACGACCUACGUAAUAUCAUCUACAAACGCUAAGGUAGGCUUGGGAUUAAAAGCGCCCCAAGUAACAACCUUAUCUCAGCCAAAUAGUUAUCAAAUCGUGUUCCCUGAGAACAUUACCCCUAAAAUGCUCCAGGAAGCUGCUAAUAAGCAGACCUCACCUCAACAGGGUCAGGCUGGGUUUGUAGUGCGCAGUGUCUCCUCAACGACCCCAAAUGUUUUGAGCAUCAGCCCACCAUCUCUAAAUACAGCAUUUUCAGUUCCAGUUACGAGGCGACCAGAUACUAUAGAAAAUCAACAGCCAUUUCAAAUGACGGCUUCCAAUGAUUUGCGGAAUGCCGCCACAAUGUCUACUGGAGGUAAUUUACCUCCAGUAUCUGCUGUUCCAGCAGUCUUUAACCAUGAGUAUUGUAGGAAAACGGUGGCUCUUGCAGUUACGACAACAGUAACAACAACAACUGCUUCUCGGGUAGUACAAUCACCAAAGCUUACCUCAAUAGAUGCUGCUGUUGCUCAUGCUAAUAUUAAGUCAACAAUGUUAGGAGUGAAGCCUUCAACCGCAUCCAUCACUCAGGAUGGUACUCAGUCAACAAUGUUAAGAGUGACUCCUUCAACGGUACCCAUCAACCCAACUACAGCAGCGAGGAGCACAAUACUCAAAACACCCAGUGUCCAGAACAAGCCUAGCGCCCCAGGGGAACCAGCAAUGGUGUCUUAUGUGAUCAAAGUACCCAAAGCACAGAGUAACGGACCUUCCAAGGACGAUGAGCAGUCCUACCUUGUGAAAGUGCCUGUCAACCAGACUAAUGUUUCAAAAAAACUCAUGGUACACCUUCCGGUUGACAAGACAUCUUUAGUAAAACAUGCUGUUUGCAUUGUCCAACCCCCUCUGCACACAAGUGAUUCUGGGGCAAAUCCUCCAGCGGGGGGCAAACCUCUGCAAUCCAUUCGCACGGACACUCCUUCUUUGGUAACCAACAAAUCUCAAACUACAGGCGGCAUUAUUAACAGCAGGAUAGGCGCACUUGCAACAUCUUCCCCACCUUUUGUGCAGCCAAAAACUGUGCCUGUUUUAGAACCGAUAUUUGAACCAGUGGGUGAAUCACCAAGUAGAGUCAGCUUUCUCGCAAAUUUGAAAGAACCGGCCUUGGAUAUUCAGCUUCUCAAAUCUCAGUUCGAGGACACAAAUACAUUCAAUGCAGCCGAUCUCAUAAACAUUGACGAAAGAGUACAGUAUGAAUGUGCCCGCUGCAAGGAGUACUUCCCACAGUUGGUGCUGCUGCAGCUCCAUCAUAUUGAUUGCACAACCCACCCUCCGGCAGGAAACAUUCUGCCGAUAGUUCACGUUUCGACGGCCAUGUUGGCUUCCUUCUUCACAGUCUCCACUUCUGGUUACUCCAGCGCUUGCAUUCUGUGCUCCACAUUGCUGCUUGGAAAUGCUCGGAAUGUUGAAGACCAGCAAGAUUUCUCAAGUCACUUGAGUAAACAUACUGAGCCGAGUGUUGCCAUUACCUGUCUUGACGAUACUCGGAAACUAGGCAUACUCCAGACAAGGAUGACAAGCCAGCAGGCCAAGGAGUGGGUGGACUUCAUUGCUCCACCCUUCAGGAUGGGGAAUAAACCAACAUCAACGCAGGAGGGUAACCUUGAAGAGUUUAUUAAUACCACAGGAAUCUUGCACCAAGAAUCGAUGCUUCUUAGAAAGCGCUCUCGAAGAUACUUACAACCAGAACAUGACCGAAGACAAAGCAAGCACAAGCAAAAGAAGCACAAACAUAAGCAUCGACACAGUAGGGACCAUGAGCUGGCCAGGCAAGAUGUGAACCAACCCUAUAGAAGUUCAAUUAAAACACAAGAAGGGUGCGAGGGGGAGUGGAUCGAGCCAACUCCAAAAGGUUCGUCAUCUUUGUUGGUGAGGAAAAAAUCCCGUCCAGGUUCUCUCAAACAAAGCAUAACUAGCAGCCCGUCACAGCCCAAACCUCAACUGCCUAAUUUGACACCUAUGAAGGGGAAAAAUCUCGCACCCUCAAAAGUCAGGCAGAGAUUUUUGAAUGUUUCUGUACCAGGGAGACGGAGCCUGCGGGGAUUGGGACUCGACUUUGGGAUGGGAUUGGAGAUGUUGCCCUUGGAUAGGAAGAAAAGGAAAGACAAGUCUCCGAACUCAGAGAACCGACUGAAAGGGACUGAGAGGAAACAAACCCAAAGCAAUUUGCCAUUUCAAUUACCAGACACAAAGAUUGAUGAGGUUAUAGAGAUCUUUUCCAGUGAUGAAGAAAUGGGAGAUACUCUUCCAUAUGAUGAACAAAGAAGGAGAGAGGAUACACCCAGUACAUCAGCAAGUCCUAUUAACUCACAAAAACACAAUCUAGAAGAGCCAGAUGAUCUGUACACAAAGAAACUGAAAGGAAACUCAGGGGAACUGUCUGCAAAUGAUGUCGACAGUGACAAAGAAAAGAUGAAUGUGGACGACAGUGAUUCUAAAGAUGCCAAUUACUCAGAUAACGUGGAAGGAGAGGACUCCUCAAGUGAUGAUGAUGAUGAUGAAGAGAAUGCAAAUGAGAAUCGUAGUAACGUUGAUCAUUCUGAACGAGAGGUUGGGAGUGAAGGGGAGGAUGCAAGCCCAGCAGACCUCCCUCUGUCCAUGAUAGCUCUUCAUUACCAAAGAGUAAAUAAGGACAUGGAAAGUGUUGAUAUGGACUGUGACCCUUCAACCAGUAACCGCUCAGAUCAUGAGAUGGAAACCAUUAUUUCCAAAGAGGUAGACAACACUUCUUUAGAGGGUACCAGCUCAAGUCAUUCCCAACAGGCAUCACCUGCUUCAUCUCAGGUGGUUCUUCGUAUUUCAUUGGAGGACCCUAAGUGUACAUCUGCAAGAAGUAGCAGCCCAAAUGAUGACAACAACAUUGAUCAUUCUGAACGAGAGGUUGAGAGUGAAGGGGAGGAUGCAAGCCCAGCAGACCUCCCUCUGUCCAUGAUAGCUCUUCAUUACCAAAGAGUAAAUAAGGACAUGGAAAGUGUUGAUUUGGACUGUGACCCUUCAACCAGUAACCGCUCAGAUCAUGAGAUGGAAACCAUUAUUUCCAAAGAGGUAGACAACACUUCUUUAGAGGGUACCAGCUCAAGUCAUACCAAACGGACAUCGCCCGGUCCAUCUGAGGUGAUUCCAUGUAUUUCAUUAGAAGACCCUACAAGUACAUCUGCAAGAAGUAGCAGCAGCGCAAAUGAUGACAUCUUACUAGAGAAUGAUGAGGAAGACAAGAUGCCCAUGUUGGAAAGUCAAGAACCUCAAACUGAACAAGUUGUUGAUAUUCGACCUUUGACGGUUGAGAAGAUAGGUGGAGAAACAGAAUCCAAAUCUUCAACUGCAGAGUCUGUUGAUUUCAAUUUAGAUAGAGAUUCAGAAGAAAAGGAGGACAAAGAAGAUCAUACAUCAAAGAUCUUGGAGAAUCACAUCAUGGGAGAAAGUGGAGAUGUUAUCUUGGAAGAUACCGCCCAACAUGGAACAGAUUCGCUGCACAGCUUUCCCACUAGCGGAUCACCUGACAAUGUAAUCCAAAGUGACAACACAGCACAUACUGAGAACAGUCAUAUAGACCAUCCCACACGACGGGACAGUGAUUCCAGGGAAAGCUCUCCAACAAAACAAUUCUUAAUUGACGACUUCCAACAGGAGGACAGCAAUAGAAGCAGUUUCCAACAAGUGAGUGAUUUAGAGGAUAGCUUUCAAAUAAACACAUUACCUGGAGAUGAUCUGUUGCUGGACGGCAGCAUUUCACCGAGUAGCAUCACAGACAUGACAGAGGAUAAUGCAGAUGAUAGUAAGAUCAGUUUUGAAGAGGGCAGCAUACAGCUAGAAACUAUCUCAGAGAGAGAGCUUUCUAAAAACAGUUCUCAUAGAGAUGAUUUACCACAGCAAGACGACAGUUUUGAACAGGAGUGUUAUUCAAAAGGCAGCUUUCCAUCAAGCAGGUCUCCUGAAGCUGUCCAAGUGGAAGACAUUAGCAUGAAUAGCUUCCAAGAGGACAGUAGCUCUGUCAACAGCUUUCCUACCAACAAAUCUCCAGCGGAUGACUUCAUUGUGGACGACACCACUCUGAACAGUUUUCAGCAGAUCAGUAACUUCCUUGACUCUUCCAGAGAAAGCAUUCUACUCAAAGAGAAGGCUGGAGACAGUUUCCAAUCAGCAACCAGACACAGAUCUCCCGAACAUGAACUCAUUGGGGCAGAUGACGGUGCAUAUCAUGACAGUGACGUCAUAGAGUUGGACUCAGAUGGGGACGAGAUUACUGGGAAUUGGUUCCUAGAAGACAGUGAUUCAUCAACAGGCAAUCCCGUUGAGAACAACUCACCUAAUAGCUCCUCGGAGGCUGCUGCUCGAAGAAGCCCGUUGCCAAAUGAUCUCAAAGAUGAUUCCAUAACAGAGGUUGGGACUGAAGAUGGAACCCAGGGAUCUCAAUUAGAUGCAGAGACAAGUAAAUCCUCAACUGACGGCCUCGAAAUGAAGGAAAAUAUUCAGUCAGACAUAACUGUGCUCAAUACUUCCAAGAGAAUUCAGAAUUCGCUCGCUUCGGCAGAGAGUAAUCUCUCUGAUGUUGACAAUGUUCGAGACAUCUUUUCUGACAAUGAGAGUAAAUCCUCCUUUGGAGAUGGUUUCGACGUUGAAGAUUGGGAGGAGGAAGAAGAGGAACUUAACGAAGAUGAGGUGUUGCACUUAUCUAAUGAUGAAGAUGAUGGCAUCUUAGAAGGUGAUCCAGUUGAAGAAGCUUCUCUAGGUGUGUCGAAGCCCAGGUCAAGAUUAAAAGGUGAUAAACAGCUGGCCAUCGACGAUGAUAUUACUCCUACGAGCAAUUCAACACAAUCGUACCUCAAGUCACCACAAUCUACUCUAAACUCCGGGAAGGAGGCGCAAGAAACAACUGAGAUGGAGGAAAGUCAGGCAAGACAAUUGAAUAACUUGAAGAGGAAAACUGAAAGUCUGAGGGAGGGGGAUGCCACCUUAAAAAGAUCACGGGUAGAGGGGGACAGUGAAUAAGGGAGAUUCGGGGACAGACUCGUAGGACAUUUUGGGGAAUGAAAUGACAACACACAGGCAGUCAAAGUAUUUGUGUUUUGAUGCAAGAAAUUGCACAGCUACUAAUGUGCCCCAUGUGAUCAUAAACAGGUCAUUUGUCGGUGUGCAUACAUGAUUGAGGAAGCAUUUUGUCGAAAUUUUCAAUCUCUUGUUUGUGUUUUUAUGAACUUACAACCAAAACAAAUUUCCGAAAAAUAUUUGGUUAUCUAAAGUAAGGCCAUGUUUGACAACAUUUCUCCUUCAAUUGGCAAAUCAAAAUAAACAAGUAUAUCACUGCUAAAAAUGGUUUUCCUGAAACAAGAAAACAAAAUCAUAUUUCCA